AUCUGAACGAGGAACAGAGGAUGGUACAUGAUGUAUCACGAUGAUGACAUCUUCCUUCGCCUGUUUGCAGGUUCAAGUGGAUUACAACGGUGCUUUCACAUAAGGCUGCAGGAUGGCGUUAGACGACAUUGUUCUCCCUGGAUCGAGAUCCGGACAUCGUCCUGUUCAGCUGAUAACGCCUGUUCCUGGCCUUGUGGUGAAGACGAAGGACGUGAAAGGAAAGAAGAUUUUCAUUAACCUCGUGAUGCACGACAUCGUCAAGAUGCCUGUGGACGUGAAUAUGUGUGAGGUAGCCCGAGAGCACAUCGCGGAGCGAGGCCUGUCAAACCUGCGGGUCCCCUUGGACGUCAGCGAUCCAAGGGAUACGGAAGACAAACGGGGGGACAAGGCCACGGCCAUCGACGUCAUGUUCAACACCUUCCUCCUGGACCGGGCCAUGCACGGGCAAGGGGAGAUUGAGGGGGUUCCUACUCGCAUCUACUUCCAGCAGGAGCUUGCCUCAUUGGCAAUCAAGGAUGUUGAGGAUGUGUUGAAAGUCGGCAUUGAUAGAAACAAUUUCAAGAUUUUGAAAUGCAACUACAAGGGAGGAGCAAAACCUGAACCGUUCCCUUACGUUGAAGGGGCAUGGGAUAAACAGCAAGAAUCAAGCAAAGCUUCUACUCGGAAGAGAGCGACUGGUGCGAGCGAGGGCUUGACAGGGCCCUUGUCUUCGAACCCUCCCCCCAUCAAGAAGGACGACAUAGCGAUCAGCGAAGCCAUCGAUGCUGAUGAAAUCUGCGCUGUGUCAACCACGCGGAAAAAGCCGUCUAAUGUGGUCAAGAAAGGUUUUCUCAUGGGUGAUGGAGCUGGAAAGCUGUACAAGAACGAUGAUGGUACAUACGGCAGCAACGAACAGGCUGGAGCGAUCGACUCGUCAGAACAGAUGCGUCAGCAACAACUCGCGCACCUGCCUGAAAGCCUGAGAAAGAAAUGUGCGAUUGUAGACACGACGAAAAUGUCCAAGGACGAGAUUCAGGAUGCGAUGAGCCAAUACGCCAACACCGGACGAGUCUUGUCUGGUCCAGCCGCUCCAGGAGGCAGCGCACGUAACGACCCGCAAUAUGAACGAGAGUUUGCAAAGUUAUACAAGAAGGCAGAAGCUGAAGCACCUGAACCAACUUUUGCUCUAGGAGGACUGAGGUCAAGUGGAAAAAGUCGAAUCAAGGAGCUUCAACACAAGUGUUCGCCCAUCCAUGAGGAGGAGCAACUGACUGGGUUCGCCCUCUCAGUGUCUCUACCGGACGGCGUCUCAACCAUCGAAGAUGUAGACGUCGAGGUCUCAGCGUUCAAGGUUGAGAUCAAGACCCGCGAUGGUUCGCAUGCUCUCAACCUAGCAUGGCCAUCUCCUGUAGAUCCAGACGCGGUCUCAGCGAAGAUGAAGAAGAAGACAAAGGAGUUGAAACUCGUCGUUCCUGUUGCGGUCGAAUGAAGGCGAGGCUUCAAAAUAAACCCAAUCUUACAACUUCAAAUCAAUAUGAUACAAUUUA